AUGAAGCUGUUCUCUGCCGCUCUUUUGGGCCUGAUGGCCUUGACCACCCUGGCUCAGCCCACGGAGUCUACCUCUCCCAACCUCCAGGCCCGCGACCAGGACGAUCAAGCGCUGCUCGUUCGCUUUUUCCACACCACCUGCAACCCCAACGACAAGCGCGAGGCCGUCGAGACCGAGGGCGAGGCCAUCUUCGGCACCGAGAAGCGGUGUUGCAUCAACUGCAUGAACCCAUGCAGCAACUGCAGCGGCAAGGGACCCGGCGGAUCGACCUGCGGGACCAAGCGCCGGGACGAGGACCAUGCCGAAUGGCCCGCCAAGCGCUGCUGCAUUCUCUGUGACAACCCUUACGCCCAUUGCCGUUCCAUGGACAAGCGUGAGGCUGUUGAGACUCUUGAGGAUGCUCUAUUUGAGUCGGCCUAG